AUGGGUAAUGGACAGCUUCCUGGUGAUAGAUCCGCUAAUCUUGAGGCAGUUGGCAUAGACUUCUGGCGAGAUGUGUGGCAAAAUGCCAAUUCAGAGCUAGCUGCUAAACCCAAAGUUGGCAACGGUGACAAGGGAAAACAGCCGGCAACGCCGAUGGAGCGUAUUGCCGAGUCGUUUGGGUCCGAUGAAAAUCCGUUCCCUUUCAUGCCUGUUGAGAAAGGCAUAAAUAUUGCCAAGAGAGAUAUCUUCCUCGGUCAGGACCCGGUCGACCUUGUAAAGCUCAAAAAAAAAGCAAAAUUCGCCGUCAGCCAGGACACAGAUGAUGCGGCAUUUGCGGCAUUUGCGUACAUCAGAAACAACAUGUUUCUGGAGCGGUUCGACAACGUGAUGGAUGAAAGCUUCACACAAUGGAGCAACAUCGAGGAGACGACGAAGACGUACAAUCUCCAGAAUUGGUGGGGAUUGCUCUGGAAUGAGCAGUUCAAGUUCGCCCUGAAUGAGGCCCGUAGCUGGGCACGGGAGGCAAUUCGUGUUGCCAGGGCUCCGUAUGUGGAAGCCUACCAGGCAGGUCGCAGCUUGGCGCAUUACGAUCGUGUGAUGAAUGCCCUGGAUGAAUUCGAGGAUCUUAUCGCGGAGAUUAAGAUGCCAGAUGUUGAUACCAAGAACUACAAGAAGAGAAACCCUUACAAUGGCGAGGGACCAAGUGGGUACAAUUCAUAG